GGGACGCCCACGCGGCCUGGUUCUCAAGCUUCAGGGCGGUUCAGCCAGUGGCCCCGGCGACCGUCCUGGGUCUCUGUUCUGCGGGUUGUGAUCCUCGUUUGUGGCCCGCCAAGCCCACCUCGUCUGCUGUUACGCUCUCGUCCUGGCCUGCCGCCUCGGGCGCGCCCUGAGCCCCCAAGGGUCGCAGCGCUGCGGAGCCCUGGAAACAUCUCUCCCAGUGUCUGGCCAGAGGUAUAGGGAGAGACAGGUUUAAUUCCCAGGCCAGAGAAGGAGCAAGGCCCAGCAGGAGCAAUGGCGACCUCUCCCGGCCUCCAGCACCCGCCACCCCUGGAGCAGGACGAGAUCCUGAUUGUGAAGGUGGAGGAGGACUACUGCUGGGAAGAGGAGCCCUCCCUGGAGACAGAAGACCCUAGCCCCGAGACCUUCCGCCAGCUUUUCCGGCUUUUCUGCUACCAGGAGGUGGCGGGACCUCGGGAGGCCCUGAGCCGCCUCUGGGAGCUCUGCUGCCUUUGGCUGCGGCCUGAGCUGCGCACCAAGGAGCAGAUCCUGGAGCUGCUGGUGCUGGAGCAGUUCCUGACGGUGCUGCCAGGGGAGAUCCAGGCCCGGGUGCGGGAGCAGCAGCCAGAGAGCGGUGAGGAGGCCGUGGUCCUCGUGGAAGGGCUGCAGCGGGAGCCCAGGAAACAAAGGCAGCGGGAUCUGGAGGUGCUCCCUGAUGAUAUACUGCCCCAUGGGACAGGGGAGUGGUUCUUGAAAUGCCAGGCGGAGGCCCAGCCAGAGGAGCUGUCCCUGGAGAAAGGGGCUCAGUACUCCAACCAGCAGCUCCCAGCACAGCUGAGCCAUGGACCAAAAAGAGGCCCCCAGCUCUGGCCAAAUAGGGGCCCAGUGACCUCCCGGCAUCAGGAGACAGCGGCACUGGCCACGUCUUUCCUCUCAGCCUGGUCCCAGCAGGUGCCGGUGACCGUGGAGGACAUGGCCGUGUACCUGUCCCAGGAGGAGUCGGGGUGCCUGGACCUGACUCAGCAGGACUACAGCUGCAGCGUGCUGCCAGAGUGUGAGGGACUCCUCGCUCCCAGGCCCUGUUUGAUUGCCCAGCAAGGGCGAGGGGAAGGCCAGCGGGACCCGGCUCGUGCAGCCCUGGGGCCGAGGGGAGUCUCAGGCAGCACCGGCUCAGAGCUUGCAGUGCGAGUGGAGAUCGGAGAGGAUGCCGGGGAGGACACGACGAUGAGAAUGGGCUGGGGCCAAGCGCUCCCGGGUCAUGGUCGGGGUUUGGGGCCCAGCCUGACCAGACCCCAACAGGCUUUGGACAGAGCGGGGCCCCGCGGGGUCCUGAAGCCGCACACGUGUCCCGAGUGCGGCAAGGCCUUCAGUAAGACGUCCCACCUGACCAAGCACCAGCGCACGCACACGGGGGAGCGGCCCUACCAGUGCCAGGUGUGCGGGAAGCGCUUCGGCGACCGCUCCAACUGCAGCACGCACCAGAGGGUGCACACGGGCGAGAAGCCCUACGCCUGCGCCGAGUGCGGUAAGCGCUUCAGCCAGAGCUCCAGCCUGGUCAUCCACCGCCGGACGCACACCGGGGAGCGGCCGUAUGCCUGCGCCGAGUGUGGGAAGCGCUUCAACAACAGCUCACACUUCAGCGCGCACCGCAGGACGCACACGGGCGAGAAGCCCCACGCGUGCCUGGUCUGCGGCAAGGGCUUCCGCCGGGGCACCGACCUGCGCAAGCACCAGCGCACACACGGCCGGGAACAGCCCCCUCCCUGAACCCCGGGUCUCCAGGACGCCCCCUACCCCUCCCCGGGACCAGGGCCUCCUGUUUCAGGAAGCUGCCAGAGUCGUUUCUGUCCCAGAGCCAGCAUCUCAGACUCCGUUUGUUCCCAUGGGCCAGCGUGAGGACACUCAGUGGGGCAUUUGGGGUGUCCAGGCCAAGGGAGGAAGCUGGACACCACAGGUGUGUUCACGUCUGGGCGGCCAGAGGACCACUCUCUGGGUGGCUUACACCACUGGGAAUUUAUUCUCUCAUGGUUUGGGAGGCCAUAGUCUUAAAUCAAGGUGUCUGCAGGGCUGGCUUCUUCUGGAGGCUCUGAUGGAGGAUUUGUCCCACACCUCCCCUGGCUCCUGGAGGUGCCAGCCAUCCUUGGUGCUCCUGGACUUGUGGCACAUCACUCCAGCCCUACUCCCGUUUCCCAUGGCCUCUUCCAUAUGCGCCUCCACAUUUGUCGUCUCUUGCAAGGACAGUCAUUGGAUUUAGGGCACCUUUAAUCCAGAAUGACCUUAUCGUAACUAAUUACAUCUACAAAGACCUUGUUUCCAACUAAGGUCACUUUCUGAGGUUCUGGACAUGAUUUGGGGGGACACCCUUCAGCCCCCUUGGGGGAAGGCUUAGUGGCUGCAGUUGCUUGCAGCUUUAUGGACCCCAGCCUUCCCUGGGCCAUCUCCCACCUUCCCCCACAAGUUUGCCACACUUUCAAAAUGUAGCCAGGGUGGGUUUUCUGGUAUCACAGUGGUGUUAGUAAGGAGAUGGGUGAGUUGCAGGUCACCUUCACAGAUCCAGGCUGUUCUGCAGGAUGGCUGGCCGGUGUGGGGAUGUUUCCCUGAGUUCCCACCUGCCAGCCUCUCCCAGCCCGCCAGGAAGCCCAGGGUUGUGGCCUCACCACUUUAGGGCACCAGGGCUGCCUUUGUUCCAGCCCAAGUGGCCAUGUUCCAGGGCAGAGGCUGGCCUGGGUUGCCCCACUUUGUCUUUCUGAGGUGGAUGUGCCUCUCUGACCUGUUCACAUCCAUAGUCUUGUGAGUGGCCGAGGGGAGCGGUUAGGGUCCUUGUUUGGGUCAUUAGUGAAGUUGUGGGGCAGCUCUGAAAUCACUGAGUUCCUUAAUAUUCCAUCCAGGGACUGUUCAUCCAAUCACUGUAUUUUUAGCUUUUCACACAACCCAGGUUCCAGGGUGUGUGACUUGCUCUUCUCUGUUCUCUUAAUAAAUGACGCCAGUUAUUCUGGC